AUGGUCUACGCCUUCACCCUCCCCACAACUUCCCAUCUCUCCUUUCAAACCCACCUAACCUCGACCACACACCCAUCCCUCCCCCAAGCUGCCUCAACAGCCCGCCACGCCCUCCGCACAGCACUAAAGACACACAAACGCCUACCCCGCGGACCGCAACAAGACGCCCACCUCUCGACCCUCCUCACCACCCUAACCGACUACCUCCCAUACCUAACCGCCAUAACAAACAGUCUAACCAGCACGCGCCUCCCGGAAACGCCCUCCGAGGAAAUCGAAAUCGCCCUCCACAGCGAACCCGAACCCUCAUGGCGCCCCACCCUCACCUCCGCCUCCCUCACCUUGAAACAGCCCCGACCAAAAGGCCUAGGCCUUGAAUACGAGCUAGCCUUCGUCCUCACAACAUACGCCUACGUGCUCAGCAAAUUAGCCCACACCACCGUAACCCGCAUCCUCUACGCCCCCACAACCCCAACCCCAGAAGCCCGCACCGCGGCCAUAACAACAGCCACAAAACACCUCCUCCAAGCAAGCGCAAUCCACUCUCUCCUCGCUACAUCCCCGGCCUUCGCUCAUGUCUCUCGCUCUGUGUCCUCCGCCCCGGGAAUCGUCCCUGACCUGGACCCCGCCGCGCAAGCUGCUCUAGCGUCCCUCGCCCUGGCGGAGGCGACCCUCCUCGCUGUGCUCAAGGACGACUCCUACGUGUCUGCGUGUAUCCAGGCCCGCAACCCCAAUGACAAGGAGUGGAUGGUCCGCGCGCCGGAGAUCCCGAAAGUGCGCGCGCACUUGUUCGCCAGAUUGUGUAUUCGCGCCGCGGAGUAUGCCGAGCAAGCGGCUGCCGGAUUGGGUGCCGUUGGGGCGCAGGGACGGGCCGGCAUCGAGGAGGAUUUGAUCAAGUAUGUGCGUGUGCUGGGGAGGGUUGCGCGUGCGCGCGCGUGUCGGUUUUUUGGGGUUGAUGCGGAGCUGGCGGGGAAGAUUGGGGAGGGGAUUGCGUGGUUGCGGGCUGCGAAGGCGGCGCUUGGGGUUAGGGGGGAGAAGCAGGAGAAUGAAGUGAAGAGUAGGGGGUUUUCGAGGUUGAAGCAGGGGUGGAUGGAGCGGAGGGAGGAGCGGAAGAUGGAGAAGGACGCGGGGAGGAUGGAGAAGGGGGAGUUGGGGCCUGGGGAUAAUGCUGGCCGGGAGGAGGAGGGAAGGGUUAUUGAGAUGUUGGAGACGAAGUGGGUGAGGAUGAAUGAUACGAUCAAUACGCAGCUGAUUCCGCCGUCGUCGGAUCUUGUGGCGAACUUGCCGUCUGGUCGAGAUAUUCAUUCUGCUCCGGGAGCCUAUAGGCUCCAGGCUUUGGACGAUGAGGAAUUGGUACGCAUGCGUGCUCCGCCGGUGGAGGACGAGUUCGGACCGGGCAGUGAUGUGGAUGAUAGUGAGGAGGAAUCUGGUCUGGCGAGAGAUACGCCGAGCACGGUCCCUGAACGGACUGAUAGUGCUUAUUAUUGA